GAGAAGGGGGAAGUGAAAAGAUGUUAAAUACCAAGCCCAGCUCAGCCUGGUCAGCUUGGACAUUUGGCUUCUGUCAACAUGAAGGCUCUUCUUAUUCUGGGGCUUCUCCUCCUUUCCGUUGCUGUCCAGGGCAAGAAAUUUGAGAGAUGUGAGCUUGCCAGAACUCUGAAGAAAUUUGGAUUGGCUGGCUACAAGGGAAUCAGCCUGGCAAACUGGAUGUGCUUGACCUAUGGAGAAAGCCGUUAUAACACACAAGUUAAAAACUACAAUCCUGGAAGCAAAAGCACUGAUUAUGGGCUAUUUCAGAUCAACAGCAAAUGGUGGUGUAAUGAUGGCAAAACCCCAAAAGCAGUUAAUGGCUGUGGUGUAUCCUGCAGUGCUUUGCUGAAAGAUGACAUCACUCAAGCUGUAGCAUGUGCGAAGAAGAUUGUCAGUCAGCAAGGCAUUACAGCAUGGGUGGCAUGGAAAAACAACUGUAAAAACCGAGAUCUCACGAAUUAUGUUAAGGGUUGUGGAGUGUAACUGUGGAAUGGAGUUUUCAUCUUCAGCUCAUUUUGUCUCUUUUUCAUAUUAACGAAGUAAUAGUUGAGUAAAAGGCUAUAUUACCACUCUUCCAAACAAAUAAUGUUUUUACAGAAGCAGGAGCAUGUGGUCUUUCUUCUAAGAGGCUUGAUGUUUACCUCACAUGUUUAUUGUUUGACAUUAGGCCUACAACAUUUUUCAGCUUGCUAACAGAACUAAUGCUGGUGAAUAUUUGUCUAAAAUCUUCAUUGUCAAAUGUAUCUCUAAUAAAUUUAGUUCUUAAUCAAAGGGAUAACCCAGACUUAAUCUUGAAUGAUAUAAGUACUCCCCAAUAUUCAACAAAAAUAUAACAAAAGAAUGUCUUUAAGCAAAUUGAUCUUAGGCAAAGUCCCACCUGUGUAGGCAUGUGAACUCUCAUCUGUUCAGUCAAAAAGAGCAGAACGUCAAAUGGCUAAAAAUGAAAACAGCCCAAUCAAGAAUUUUGUUUUCAUAAGUGUGACCUUUGGUUUAAAUGUUUUAGUAGAAAUGCUGCAUUUACACAGCUUUUUAAAAAUAAACUCACAAUUUAUACAUCAGCCUAUUUUAGCCUUUGCAAAGAACUCACUUAUGCAUCCUGCUGAUCCUGAAGGAAUAUAAAGAAGGAUUAGAUGAGCUGUUGAUUUUCCUCAGUUUCAUUAGCUUGAAUUCAUGCAUUAUGACUAAAUUCAGAGGCAGAUAAGUUUACAAGCAUUGAAUUAAUUGCUAUUAAACCGAUGUGAAAUGAUGCAUGUUGUAAAAGAAAAACAAACAUUUUCAUUAAAGGCUUUGCAAUUCA